AUGCCAUGCCAUGACCGUAACCCUGGUGGGAGCAGGCAAGCGGUGGAGUACGAGAAGAAGGCCAACACGGAUCUGGUGGAGCAGAGCAGCGGGCAAGCGGUGGAGUACGAGAAGAAGGCCAACACGGAUCUGGUGGAGCAGCGGGGCGAGGGGAGGCUGCAAGCGGUGGAGUACGAGAAGAAGGCCAACACGGAUCUGGUGGAGCAGCGGGUUGAUAAUCGGCUGCAGGCAGUGGAGUAUGAGAAGAAGGCCAACAUGGAUCUCGUGGAGCAGCGGGGAGCCAUGGAGAAAAACCUCAUUGCCUCUGCUCGCGACGUGGAGCGUCUGAAGGCGCAGAUCGCCAACCUGCCACCCAUGAUGAGCCAAGGUAGUGAUUAUGAGAGGAGAGAGAGUGCAGUACAGUAA